UGAAUGAAUGAACUCCCAUGAAUGCCGAGCGAUCCCGAGUGAAUUCCGCCUAGCUGCUGCUGCUGCCGCUGCCGCGCCGCUCCACGCUCCCGAAUGGCUGCCAGUACUGCCAGUAACUCCAACCGCAGCACGCCCGCCUGCUCCCCGAUCCUGCGCAAACGCUCGCGCUCGCCCACGCCGCAGGACGCCCCGGGGGACGCCAUGGUGGAGAAGGGCUCCGACCACUCCUCGGACAAGUCCCCGUCCACGCCGGAGCAGGGCGUCCAGCGGAGCUGCUCCUCCCAGUCCGGCCGCAGCGGGGCCAAGAACUCCAAGAAAAGCCAGAGUUGGUAUAAUGUGCUGAGCCCCACGUACAAGCAGCGGAACGAGGAUUUCAGGAAGCUCUUCAAGCAGCUCCCGGACACGGAGCGCCUCAUCGUAGAUUACUCAUGUGCUCUCCAGCGAGACAUUCUCCUGCAGGGCCGCCUCUACCUCUCCGAGAACUGGAUCUGCUUCUACAGCAACAUCUUCCGCUGGGAGACACUGCUGACAGUUCGCUUGAAGGACAUCUGCUCCAUGACCAAGGAGAAGACAGCACGGCUCAUUCCCAAUGCCAUCCAAGUUUGCACUGACACUGAAAAGCACUUUUUUACUUCCUUUGGGGCUCGAGACAGGACGUACAUGAUGAUGUUCAGACUCUGGCAGAAUGCUCUGCUUGACAAGCCUCUGUGUCCGAAGGAGCUCUGGCACUUUGUCCACCAGUGUUACGGCAACGAGCUGGGGCUGACCAGCGAUGAUGAAGACUACGUGCCUCCUGACGAUGACUUCAACACCAUGGGCUACUGCGAAGAAAUCCCCGUGGAGGAGAAUGAAGUCAACGACAGCUCCUCCAAGAGCAGCAUGGAGGCCAAGCCAGAAGCCAGCCCUCAGCUGCCAAAGAAAUCUGUCACUGCCAGCACGCUGACCUCCACAGGCAGCAGUGAAGCCCCAGCCUCGUUCGAUGGAGUGCUCCCAGAAGAGGAGGAGGCAGUGGCAGAGAGUCCUGUGGAGAAAGACCUUGGCAUUGCCAACAUCAUGGGAGAGAAGAUCGACAUCAUUGGCCCUGUGAACUCUCCCUCCCUGGACUUCAAUGACAAUGAAGACAUUCCCACAGAGCUCAGUGACUCCUCAGACACCCACGAUGAAGGGGAAGUCCAAGCCUUUUACGAGGACCUGAACGGCCGCCAGUACGUGAACGAGGUGUUCAACUUCAGCGUGGACAAGCUCUACGACCUGCUCUUCACGGACUCCCAGUUCCAGAGGGACUUCAUGGAGCAGCGCCGCUUCUCUGAUAUUAUCUUUCACCCUUGGAAGAAGGAGGAAAAUGGCAAUCAGACCAGAGUGAUCCUGUACACCAUCACCCUCACCAACCCUCUGGCCCCCAAAACUGCCACAGUCACUGAGACCCAGACAAUGUACAAAGCCAGCCAGGAGAGCGAGUGCUAUGUCAUAGAUGCAGAGGUGCUAACUCACGACGUCCCCUACCACGAUUAUUUCUACACCAUUAACCGCUACACGCUGACUCGUGUCGCCAGAAACAAAAGCCGACUCAGGGUUUCCACAGAAUUACGCUACAGGAAACAGCCCUGGGGGCUGGUGAAAUCCUUCAUUGAGAAGAAUUUCUGGAGCGGCCUGGAAGAUUAUUUCCGUCACUUGGAGAGCGAGCUGACCAAAACAGAGAGCACGUACCUGGCUGAGGUGCACAGACAAUCCCCCAAAGAGAAGGUGAGCAAGCAAUCCACGGUGCGGCGGCGGAAACGCGCCCACGCCCACCUGAGGGUGCCACACCUGGAGGAGGUGCUCAGCCCCGUGACCACCCCCACGGACGAGGAGGUUGCCCAUCGAAUCAAGCACGUGGCAGGUUCCACUCAGACACGGCACAUCCCUGAGGAGAGCCCCAGUGGCUUCCACCUGCAGAGUGUCUCCAAGCUGCUCCUUGUCAUCAGCUUUGUUCUGGUGCUGCUGGUCAUUCUCAACAUGAUGCUGUUCUACAAACUCUGGAUGUUGGAGUACACCACGCAGACGCUGACGGCGUGGCAGGGCCUGAGGCUGCAGGAGAGGUUACCCCAGUCUCAGACAGAGUGGGCCCAGUUGCUGGAGUCCCAGCAGAAGUACCACGACUCAGAGCUGCAGAAAUGGCGCGAGAUCAUCAAAUCCUCCGUGAUGCUCCUGGACCAGAUGAAGGAUUCUCUAAUAAAUCUCCAGAAUGGCAUCGGGUCCCGGGACUUCGGGUCAGAUCCAGAGGAGAAAAGGAAACGUUUCCAUUAACAGGCAGGAAUGCAGGAGGCCAGAGGACGGUGUGCAAUAUGUGUAAAUAGGAUAUAUAAAUAUAUAUAUAAAUAUAUAUAUAUAUACAGAUAUAAAUAUAUAUAUUAUAUACAGAUUUUAAGAGAAAAAAAAAAAAAAGAAAAAAAGCCUAAAGAGGGGAAGGAGUGACCUCCAACACUGGCUGAACUGGAGGGUCUCUGGGAGUGUGGGGGGGGUGUGUGUGUGGGAGGGCUGUGCUCUCCCAGCACUGAGGUGUGCUCAGGGCCGUGCCCAGCUCUGCUCCCUGGGCUCGUGCACUGCUCCUCUGUAAUAUUCCUGUCUGUCUGUCUGUCUGGUCUGUUCCUGUUGUCUCAAAGGGAAGCAUCAGCGUGAGUGCCCCCCCUGCCCGUCCCCAUCCCCUCCCUGCAUGGAGGUCCCUGCUUCACUCUACUGAUCUCCCAAAGGGGACACUGUCACCUCCCUCACCGUGCUGCCUUCGGGGCACAGAGGUUUGGCAAUCGCAGUCAAUCCCUUGCAAAACUGCUUUGGAGAGGAGGGGGAGCUGCUGUGGCUCUGUGGAGGGCAGAUCCCCCUGGCUGGCCCCUCCUGGGAGCAGGAGUUUGCUGUCAGGGCGGCCAGGCUGGCUCAGAGAGCAAAGCACAGAGGUGACCUGUGACAGAGGUGACAGAGGUGACCGAGCUGCAUCCCUUCCACAAAGCCCCGUGGGCUGCCUCCUGCCCUGCAUGCUGCAGUGAGAGCCAGGGCAGUGUCUGCCUCCCAGGUGAGUGGGGAGGGGAGAGCCACACCUGUGACAGUGUCCCCUUUACCUGUUCUCUGCUUUCUCUGUGCUUGGGCCCCUGCUGCUGAGCCACCCCUGUGCUGCAGGUCUGCAUCGGUGCUGGAAUCACCACGGUGGGAGGACCCAAAUUUAAACAGAAAACCAAAAUUAAUAUUGAUUUGCAAGCACUCCCACUACCCAGCUCAGCAAAUCGCUCUCCUGUUUGUUCACCCAGCCCUUGUCUUGUAAAAUCUGGGGGGAAACAGGGGGAAAAGCAACAGCUUCCUGUCCUUGCCUGGGAUAAAUUUGCAUAAUUGUAUCUAUGCAGCAACAGCCAUCACUGUGGAUAUUUACAUGACUGCAUCUGUGGAACAAAAAGGCUUCCAAAAAUCCAGGAGAGGUCAGGAAGGGUCACAGGGAGGAAAGGAAAAAGGGCCCCUCCAAGGGUGGCUGGGCAGAGCUGGCUGAGGCACCUGAGGGGUGUCUCCAUCAGCUGGCUAGUGCAGCCCUGGGAGGCAGCCAGGUGGUAGAGCUGCACUAAAAAAAAGCCAGUGUGCAUUUUCAGUUGUUCUGGGGGAUAAUUCCAGACUCCAUUAGCAGCCAGAUGGGGAAGAGGGGCAGCUUGUGCUGUGCAAUGCACAAACUCCACGGGCACUGGAGUGGGGAAGCAGGCUGCUUCUUGAAGUGUUUAAUAAGGCUUUGGCCUCUUCCCCAGCCAGGUAGGUUAGGGGAAUGUGAGUCCCACCUUGUCCAACACUGGGAUUUUCCCACCUUCUGACUGGCAGGAGGGAGGCAGCUGCACAUUCCCAGUUUGGAAAUGGUGCAGCUGUAGCUCCUCCAGGAUGAAUAAUUGGUCUCACACCAUUCUGUAGCACAGAAUAUCCUCAGUGCAGCCUGAGGAGAACCCUCUAAGCUCCCACUUUCCAACCAGGGAAAGGCAAUGGAUGCAGGAAUAACUUGCUGAUUUCUCCACAUGCCUCACAUGUGCAGGAGCAUGGAUGGAGCCAGGCUAUCAAAAGGACAUUUCAGACUGUGAAAGCAAAGUCCAGUUGGGGAAAACCAGAGAGUAAAGGCUAUUUAUGACUAUUUAUUUAAUUUAAUGCUGCUGACUACUGUACUGCUCCCUGACUUUCUUCCACGGAGGCUGCUGGAAUAGCUGCUGUACCAUGAAAUUGAGGUGCUAGGGCCUGGGAAGGCCUUCCUGGGGCUCAUUUCCCCCACUGUGACUUGCCAGACUGUCCCAGAGUCCCCUUUCCCCUCUUAGUUACUCCCACAAUUACUAAGCACAUAGAAUUCCCCUGCUGCUGGAAUUUCCCUCUUCUAGAAUUUAAUUUCAAGCACCAAGCAGGACGACCCAGAGGAAACCCUGGGAUCCACCCUGCCAGGAAAGAGGAGCCUGGGAUGUGGGGUCUCCUCCACCUGGAGACUGAGAAAUCAGAGAGGGUCACAGAUCAAUGCUGCUGAUCAGUGUUUGCUGCUCACAUUCUCUCUGCUAGGGAGGCAAGGAACCCUUUUUCUCACCCUGAAUCCUUUCUCCUGUGCAGAUUUCCAGCUGCAGCCUCGGGAUGUUCCCUCAGGCUGGGCCCCAGAGACAGAACUGCCCAAGCUCUGUUAAAUCAGUGUGAGGCCAGGCAGCUGCAGCAAUCUCAACACUGAAAUUUGUCCUACCUGCACAUUAAGGUGGGGUUUUAACCUGUUUGACACAUAUCCUGGCACUCAGCAAUGUGAAAUCCCUCAGGAGGAGCACAAGGGCAGAACCUGGUGCUGCAGUGUCCUUCACACUGAGGGAGGUUUCUCUUUGAGGCCUUUGGUUUUUGUUUUUUUUUUUUUUUUUUUUUCCUAGUUAUUUCUUUUUCCCACUUGGCAGCCAGUCUGGCUUGGAGUUGGAUGGGAUUCACAAUCUUGUUUUGCCUCUUAAUCUCUCACAGUAGUAAUAAAAAGGGGAAAAGCAAGGUCUUAAGGCACUAAGGGUUUAAAGAAAACCCUGGAGGGUUAAAAGAAAACCUUGGAGGGUUUUCACUUCCUCUGGAGAGCUGGGAUAGGAACCAGCUGCCCCUGAACAGUCCCAGCUGACAGGUUAAUUCCUUCUGGAGCCAGAGACAAUUUUGGAUUACACUUCCUGGAGGGAUCAGUAACACUUUCUAGGAAUGAGAGGCCUGAAUAAUGUUACAGAGGGAACAGCACUCACAGCCAAGCCUGGCUUCCACCAGCAGGGUUUUGCUUCUCCCCUUGCUCACUCACCAGAUUAUUUCCACAGGUGCAUUUCCCCUCCCAGUCUGACCCUUCCACCUGCACAUCUGCAGGGGUUUGAUUUGCAGGAUCUCAAUAACCACAAAACCAGGAAUUUUUAAAAUUAUUUUUAUUUUUUUAAAAGGCAUUUCUCCAGCCAAGCAUGCAAAAGUAAUGCCAACAGCUUGUAGCCUAAUUCCUGCCAAGGAAGAUGCUUCCUAUUGGGAGGAGGGAGAAGGGGGAGCAGGAGGCUCUGAUCCACCAGUUUGUGACAUCCUCACUGAUCUUACCUUGGCACAACCUCACCCCUGAUGAAUACACACCUUAGCUUAGCUUAUCUUAGAGUUCUGGCAGCUGGGAUGAGAGGAUUUGAGUUCUGGAUAACUGCUGUGCAAGCAGGCAUUCCCUGAGCAGAGACCAGAGCUUUCCACAGCAGCACCUGCCUGUGAAGUCUCUGAAGGACCAAAAACCAGGUUAUUGCAGGUGGUGAGCUGCCCAAGGCAGGGGCACUGCUGGCCCUGCACACUCCAGAUGGUAAACAGGGGGAAACAGAGCUAGAGAGGCACUUGCAGUGGGGAGGAGUUAGCUGUGGUUAACAGGAUAAUGAGCUUUUUGGGUGCUCUGCACUCCAGGCUCUCUUCAGUCACAAAACUGUGCCAUGAACUCGUACUAACGUCUGUGUGAACCCUUCCUGCCUCCCUGAGUGCUUUGGGAGAAGAGAAGAGAGGCACAUGGCUUUGAUGUCCCCUGAGCUGCCUGUGUGACACACAGGCUGUGUUUAUACCUGUCCCUGUCUGCUGGCUGACACCUGACCCUGCUUGGAUGCUUCUGAUCUUAAAAACAGAAACCUUAGGCACAGGAAACGUCUCUAGUGCAGUAUGACCCUGGGCUGGGAGAGGAAAGGUUUCAAAGCACAAGGCUUUGCUGGAUUUGGAGCCCUGAAGGCACAAAACUGCCUCUGAGAUAACAGGGCAUGCACUGGGAGAUCCCCUCUAGGAAUGUUAAUCCAUGUCCUUGUCAGACAGCUUGAGCAGCUCACCUGGGUGUAGAUAAGGACAGACACUUCAGCCUCCUUGGCUCCUCAGCACUGUCCUGGUAGUCACAUAGGAGCUUAUUCUUACCUUUAUGCAAGAAGUUUCUUUUCCAGAGAGUGGCUGGAGACACUUUUGGUCAGGGUACUUGAGACCUUUUGGAUCUGCUCUGGCGUGCUGCAGCAGCUGCUCUCCCCAGGAGCAGAGCAACAAACUCCUGAUUUACAGCUGGAGCUGUCUGGUUCCACCUUUCACAGAAAAUCAGUCUUAAAAUCACUGUUUAAAGCAGCAGUGCCUGGCUCGGGGGGGCAGCUCUGUCCUGUCUGCCCUGGCAGCUGCUGCCACCCCCAGCUCUUGACAGAUCAGUGCUUUUUGCACUGCCUGCUCAGCUCCGAGGGGCUCUCCCCACGGAUCUCUGCCAGGCUGCCACUGGUCCAUGGCACAGCCCCCUGGACUCUGGCUUCGUCUUUUCAGUCUCAGCACCACCAAAAAAGCUGGUAGGGCUUGCUUAAAACACAGCUCAGAACAGAGACUCUGGAACCAAAGCCCCUGAGGGAAGUGGCUCACAGAACACCUGUGCCAGGGUGGUUCCUGUGCUGCCUGAUCUCUGUGGCUCACAGAACACCUGUGCCAGGGUGGUUCCUGUGCUGAUUUUCCAGCCUGUUCCCCACUGGACACGCUCUGAUCUCUGUGCUUUUCAGUCUUUUCAGCACGAGGCUCUCUGUGCCAUAAAACCUCUCUUUUUCUGGACGUGCACACUGGCCAAAUACUCUCGUGUCUUGGGUGACUGUGCUCAAGGCCAUUCCCUGGUCUAGGCAGACAGCAUGGGCUUCUCUUAGCAUGGAUCUGUGGCGUGCCACGCCCUCCUCCUCUCCCACACGUUUUGCAGUGCUUGCUAUGGCUUUUCCCUGUCCCCUCCCACCUCUGCUGCUGGACAAUCAUUACCUGUGUCAUAGAUGGUCUGACCUGGUGCUGUCCCUGCCUGCCUUCCCCUCCUGCAGUCUGUAUGCUCUUCAAGUGAAUGUGUUUUUAUUUUAUUUUGUUUUUUUCAGUAGGGAAAAGGACUUCCUUCUGCUGAAGGAAUUAUAUUUGCACAUGGCUCGGGGAGGUUCCUCCUCUGGCCGUUUCUGUUACCUCACUCAUUUAGGCCAAUUCCAUUGCUAACGUUAAAGGCCACCUUCCCUGACCCCAACCCCGAGAGUAGGUAGGGAAUGAACCCCGAUGUUGCAGCUCAGGUCCUGGAGCUGCCCAGUGGAAUUAGGAUGUGGGAGAGCAGCUCCAUCCAGCAGGGAGGUGGAGCCUGCUCCAUGCACGUCAUCCCUGUCUCCACAUUCCCACCUCCUGGGAAAUGGCCCUUGGAGAGCAGGGGUGGAAGCACCGACCUGGCUCUGGGCUGGACGCGGAGGGAGGGAAGAGCAGCAGAGCAGCGGCAGCAUCACAGCCUCCCACGGGCAGCCUGGCGUGGCCGUGGCACCUCUGGGGCAUCACCAUUCCAGUGGGAUUUCAUCUCCCACCACCUGCUCCAGGGCUGGAGAAAGCUGCUAAAACCCUGGGGUGUGUUGUCCCCACCCGGGUCCUGCAAUUCCUGUGCACAAGUGAUGAUGAACGAGGGUCUGCUCUCCUCAGCCCGGCACAGGAGUGGGUCCUACAACCACCAGAGGCACGUGCUUCCCUGCUGGAAUCCCCUCCAGAGCCCGGGAAGCAGGGGGCUGAUGGCUGAGGUGACUCUGGGGUGGGUGGGGGAAGGAUUGUGGGUUUGUUUUAGGAGUUGUCCCGACUGUCAGAAACUUUGCGCUGUGCGCAAAAAAAAAAAAAAAAACCACACAAAAAAAAAACCAACCCACGGUUCAAAACGAUACUGGAACGUACGUGCUGGAAUGUAGGAAUUGUACAGGCUCUGCAGCCAAACUCCGUGUAAGUAGUUAGUACCAUGGAAGUACGGUAUCAAUUAAAAAAUCUAUCCAACAACCAG